AUGGAAUACUUGCUCCACCACUUGACCCGUCUCUUCGAGAUGCUCCAUUGCCACCUUGAAAGGCUCGGCUACUUGGCGAUAACUCAGGUUGACUCGAUCCCGUCAAAUGAACUUAUCGUCUCCGGAGACGAGAGCAGUGAUGAUGCUGCGAUUGUGAUGAAGAGACUUGGCUUGUGGAGCUCCGACGACGAUGAAGAGACGGAGAGCAGUAGACUCAUGGAUGCAGCAUAUAAGCUGUUGGAGGAGAAAGAAGCGAGAUUGGAGGAGGUGGAUGCGGCGUUCGGGGUGUUCGACGAGGACGGCGACGGGCUCAUCGGCGCCGAGGAGCUACGGGCCGUGAUGCGCAGGCUGGGGUUGGAAGAGGGCAUGAGAUUGGAGGACUGCAGGAGGAUGAUCGAGGCUUACGAUGAGGACGGGGACGGCCAUGUUAGCUUGAGCGAGUUCAAGAACAUGUUGGAGUGUGCUUUGUAG